GAUAAAAUUAAUCAAAGACAGUUCCAUGUGGUCCAUCACACCUGUGCCUCUAGCUAGACCCCAUUUGUUGGAUAUCUCUUCAUCAAUUAUUAUUUCUGUGUCUAAUUGUUUUCCAAGGCCAUCUCUUAAUCUAUAUAUAGAGAUAGUCAUGGCUUCAGUCACAAACAAGUCAAGUCCUUUGCAUUUUUCAAACAUAAAUUAUUUCCUACACAAGUCCAUUCAAAUCAUUCUCUUGAUCUGCAAUGGGUUUCCGUUUGCCUGGUCUUCAAAGGCGCAGUGAUGUCCCAAAGGGCUAUCUUGCAGUCUAUGUGGGAGAAAACGAAAAGAAGCGGUUUGUGAUUUCUAUAUCAUAUUUGAACCAACCUUCAAUCCAAGACCUGCUUAGUCAAGCUGAACAAGAAUUUGGAUUUGCUCAUCCAAUGGGUGGCCUCACAAUCCCAUGUGGAGAAGAUGUCUUCCUAGAUAUCACUUCUCGCUUGCAAAGGUCGUAGAGGAGACGAUUGAAAUGUAGAUGGUCAAUGACCAAUUCAAUUUUGCAGAGAAGACAUAGUUGAGCAUUGUAAAUAUUUUAUCUUACUUUUGUACUUAGAGGAGAAUUGGAAAGAUGUAUCCUGAAAGAAACUUAUAAACAGAGAUUGUGACAACCAUUUAUUUUCCAAA